AGGGACGAUGGCGGCUGUAGAUUAUCUACCACUAAGAAAGAGGAAAAGUAUGACUCCACCUCCCAUGAUUUAUGAGCUGAGGAUAAUUCUGUUAGGAAAGAGUCACUCAGAGACCAGCAGUGUGGGGAACUUCAUUCUGGGUAGAGCUGCAUUUGAGACUGAAGUUCCUCCACAUUCAGUAGAUCAGCACAUUGAGAGAGCCAGAGGAUGGGUGGAGGAAAGAUACAUCACUAUCAUCAAUGCUUCUCAUCUGUACAAUUCAAAGCUCACUCAGACGACUGAAAGUUUAAAAGAGUGUGUUUCACUUACUGCUCCUGGUCUUCAUGCUUUCUUACUUGUAGUGCAACCUCAGAGUUUUACAGAGGAGGACACGAACCAACUGAAACACUUACUGAACUGUUUCAGUGACCGAGCACUAAACUAUUCUAUAUUGAUCAGUACUGGCUGGGAGGCUGAAGAGGAAAAAUCUGCAAGUUUUAACAAGUUUCUGGAUGAAUGUGAUGGAAGGUUUCACAGAUUGAAACUCAUAGAUAAACAUGACAAGACUUUGGUUUGUUGGCUAUUUAAGGAGAUUGACAAAUUGAUAAAAAUAAAUGGAAGUUAUCUCACAUGCGAGAUUUUUGAGGAUGCAGAGGAAACUUUGCAUCAUUAUGACAAACAUGGAAAAGAUGAGAGGAAAAGUGUGAGCUGUUCUGAGGACAAAAGCGAUUUAACAGGGUUCAAGUCACCAUCUACUCCAGACAGCUCUCCCUGUGCUAUGUUGCCACCACCAGACAGAGCUCCAGUUUCCAGGCUGCAGACUGCUGGCAACUCAACAAGGUUCAAGUCACAGUCUACCCCAGAUGGCUUUUGCUGUGCUAUGCUGCGGUCACCAGUCGAAGCUCCAGGUUCCAUGUUGCAGACUGCAGAGUUUAAGCCACCAUCUACUCCAGACGGCUCUCCCUGUGCUAUGCUGCAGUCACCAGUCAAAGCUCUAUUCUCCAAGCAGCUGACUCCUGAUGCCUUGCCAGGCUCCAUGCAACUGACUUCAGAUGCCUCCUCAGGCUUCCCGCAGCUGACUUCAGACGCUUCUUCAGGCUCCAUGGAGCAGACUUCAGACGCUUCUUCAGGCUCCCCGCAGCUGACUUCAGUUGCCUCUUCAGUCUUAAUGCAGCUGAUUAUUUGCUCCCCCCAGAGGCCUGGAGCACUGUCUGGGGGCGCCAAACUGAUACCUGGAGCGCCGUCUGGUGGUUCCAACAUGAGACCUGCACUGACUGGUGGUGCUGACAAGACAUCUGGAGCGCCAUCUGGUGGCACCGACAUGAGGCCUGGAGCACCAUCUGGGGUGCUGACCUGCGAGGCAUCUGGCGUGAGCUGCGUGGAGUCUGAAGAGGUGUCUUGUCGGCACCAUCAGAUGGUGCUCCAGGUCUCAUGUCGGCACCACCAGACGGCGCUCCAGGUAUCCUUUUGGCACCUCCAGGCUGUGCUUCAGGUCUCACAUUGGCCUUCCCCCAGGGGCCCCACUUCCUACCAGCUGUCUGUACCUCUUGUCACGCUUAUAGAGCUGGACCCUUCCAAGAAGAGGUUGAUGCUUCUGACUGUGGAAUUGGAGUGGUACUAUCCCAGCGUUCCAGCCCUGAUGCACACACCAGAGGCUGUGAUCCCCAAGGCCCGCAUCUUAGCGCCUACUUAUUGGAGCCUGGAGGAAGCCAUACAGCAGGCUCAAUGGACAGAGCCUGACCCGGUGGAGAACCACUGGGAAGACCCCUCCACUAUGGAAAAAACAGAGCUUGGAGUAGAAGAAUCUGGAUCAAAAUGUGAAAAAAAUAAACAAAUAAAGCAACUUUUAACCAGACUUAAUAUACUGGAAAAGCAGAAACUAAAAAUGAAAACCUCAGAUGUUCUUCAGCUCACUUCUCUUUCAUUACAUUGUCAAGAACCUUGCGAAGAAAAAGAUCUGGUUCAAACUUUUCUACAAAGGUUGUUAAUGAUGAAUUACAGAGCAAGAUUCAUCGCCACCAAAAAAGAAGACACUGUUUUAGACCCUCCUUUUGCAGAUACACAUGAAGAAGAAAUUGAUAAACUUGAUGAGCUUUUCUGCAAAAAAGCUGCAUCUUUUGACAGUGUAAAAAAUUCUAUCCAUCCCAUGGAUCUUCAGAUGGCGGUGUUCCACUUCUCAGACAAUUUCCUAAAGCAACUAAUAGUGACUAAACUCUCUCAGUGUCAGUACGCUCUGCCUCUACUGGUGCCAAAUCCAUUUACUGGAAAUAUCGAGUUUCCUCUGUGGACAUUUCACCAAGUUAUUAAAAGUUGGAAAACCACUGACACUUCUGGUACCAAGAUCAGUAAAACCCAGCAUGUUUAUGAAGCAGAAACUCCAAUGGUGGCGUUCUUCAGGUUAGGAGACGGGUCCUUUUCCAAGUCUCAGCUGAUGAACAGCUUGAUCAGUAAGAAGCAUGAUACGUUCUUCCACAGACACUGUCCAGGCAGCAUUAAAAACCGUCUACUGAUGGAUGGAGUUGUGGAGAUUGCUUGGUACUGUCCAUCUGGAAAUGAAACUGAUCAUUUUACUGACUGUGUUGCUUUCUGUAAUCUACAUGGUGAUGCAGAAAGCAGUAAAGAACUACUGGAUAUUCUGACUGAAAUGUCGUCUGUAAAUGUUGUUCUUUUAUCUGAUUCUAAAAAUGAAAGAAAUAAUGAGAUGCUACAGAGACUUGUAAAUGGACCCAAACCACUAAUCUGUCUCCUUUCUGUGAAUGAAUCAGGUGUCAGUAAGAUUAAGAAUAGAAGAUACAGAAUUGGUCUGAAAGACAGAAAUCAGUCAGACGUAUCAGAGAACCUCAGAACAACCAUCACAGAGUGUCUGUCCAAGUCAUCUUCAGUUUUUAAACUUGAGAACUUAUACAAAAACAAUGAGAUCAGCACAGAUGAAGAUGAUCCUGAAUGCAGGAAAGGAAAAGAAGCUGCAAAGAAAAUAAUAAAACAACUGGAGGGGAAGGAAAUAUCCACAUUAAAGGAAACACACCUGCCCUGUCAAGGGAAGCUCUGGUAUGAGUGGUGUCAGAUAAACAAAGACUCACAUCGACUUCAAGGAAACAAUUUAGAAAUGCAAAAGUGUGAAAAACAAACACAAAUGAAACAAAUCCGUGAACAGCUACAAGAAAUUGGACAAUCAGGAUUUAUGAAAGAAUUUAUUUCCUCACUGAAUUCUCUAUCAGGAAAUGAAAAAUCAUUUUUUAUUAAAUGGCUCGAGAUUCUACUGGACAAACAAACCUCAGAUGAUCUUUCAGAUCUUCAUCACAAGUAUAAUGAAACAUGGACAAGGAUUUUAGACCUCAAAAAGAAACAUGGUAAAUCAGAAAAGAUGAAGGCUAAGCAAACAGAACUUGAAGAGAUAUCUGAAAAACUAAAUGCAGCAAAAUUGGGUCCAGAACACAUCUUCAGGGAGAUGGGUCAGAUAUAUGAGUCAAAUAUUUCCAAACAACAUAUUAACAAAAGAUCUGAACAAGAAAGCAUCUCCAAUCUCCCCAAACUUGCUGCAGAAUUCAUAAAAUCUGGUCUUCCAAUAGAGUUGAUGGAUGGUGAUGCUGCUCAUGUUCCUCUGAUUUGGGUUUCAGCAGUUCUAGAUGAACUCAUAAAGAAACUGGGAGACCAGAGAGUCUUUGUGCUGUCAGUUCUAGGGAUUCAGAGCACAGGAAAAUCCACCAUGCUGAAUGCCAUGUUUGGACUCCAGUUUGCUGUCAGUGCUGGAAGGUGCACCCGAGGAGCCUUCAUGCAGCUGGUCAGAGUAGCAGAGGAGAUGAAGGAGCAGCUGAAGUUCGCCUACAUUCUUAUUGUAGAUACUGAAGGGCUUAGAGCACUUGAGCUUGCAGGAAAAUCCACUCACCAUCAUGAUAAUGAACUUGCAACAUUUGUUGUAGGUCUUGGUAAUCUGACUUUGAUCAACAUAUUUGGUGAGAACCCUGCUGAGAUGCAGGAGAUUCUUCAGAUUGUUGUUCAGGCCUUCCUGAGAAUGAAGAAGGUCAAACUUAAUCCAAGCUGUAUGUUUGUCCAUCAGAAUGUUGGUGACAUCACAGCUGGAGAGAAGAACAUGGAGGGCAGGAGAAGUCUACAGGAAAAACUGGAUGAAAUGACAAAAUUAGCUGCUAAAGAGGAAGACAGUGAAGCUGAGUGCUUCAGUGAUGUUAUUGCUUUCAAUGUACAAGAUGAUGUUCAGUAUUUUGCACAGCUCUGGGAGGGCAGCCCACCAAUGGCUCCACCAAACCCCUCAUACAGUGAAAAUGUUCAGAAGCUAAAGAGAGCUAUUUUCACAAAUGCUACCAAGUCUCAUAGUAUGAAACUCUCAGAGUUUAAAUCACGCAUCAGUGAUCUGUGGAAGGCUCUACUAAAUGAGAACUUUGUUUUUAGCUUCAGAAACACACUGGAGAUUGCGGUCUACAGGAAACUAGAAACUGAGUUUGGAAAAUGGACCUGGUUCCUCAGAAGUGCCAUGUUAGAACAUGAAGAAAAACUGCACAACACAAUUAAAAACAGAAAACUGCAAAAGAUUGAGGACAAAGACCUUUAUGAUCACAAGAAGGAGACCAAAGAAGAUGUGGAGAAAUCAAUGAAAUGUUACUUUGAAGAGGACAAGGACAAAGACAUUUUAAUUCAGUGGAAAGUGAGAUGUGAACAGAGAAUCACACAAAUUCUUGAAGAUCUUGUUAAAAAUGCAAAAACAAACCUGAAUGAUUUUCUUCAACAGCAAAAAGCUCGAGAAACUUUUGAUCACAAAAAGACAGAGUAUGAUAAAAAGCUCUUUAAUAUGAGUAAAGCACUUGCUCUACAAUUAAAAAGCACAGAAACUAAUGAACAAGUCCUCAGACAGGAAUUUGAUAAAGUGUGGAACAAAUGGGUCUCUGAACUGACACAAGACACACCUGUAGAGAAACCUUUUGAUUUUUGGGAGGAUGUGAUACAGAUUCUGUCUGAAGGUAAUGAACAAGCUGCUGUGUAUGAGCGAAUAUCUCAGGAAGAUUACACAAAGAUACACAGACUGGGAGAUUAUUCAUGCUACAUUUUAAAGACAAUAAAAAUUAGUGCUUUUGAAGUCCAGGAGUCAGUGAGGAAACUAUUCAACAAUGUCAUCCAAGAAUCUGAGGACUUAAUCCAGAAGAUCUGCAGCAAAAUUACAGGACUGGGGUACAAAAACAGCUACAUUCAGGAAAUAACUGACCAGGUCAAACACAGAGUUGAGAAAUAUCACAGUGAGAACAAGACAAUAAAGAUAAAAAAGGAAUUUACUCUGGAUCUCUGUCUUCAUGUGUGUCACCUUGCAGGUUCCAAAUUCACCAGGAUCCACCAACAGUUCAAAGAUGAGAAUGAUGUAAAAUUGUAUCUGGAAAAGCAGAAACCACAAUAUUACAGCAUCUUCCAAAACUACUGCAAAGGAGCAAAAACCAGAACAGUAUUUGGUCAACUUGUCUACAACAAUCUUGUACCAGCCAUCCUGGAAGCAGCCUACAAUAAAACUGCUAUUGAUCUGUCAACACAGAUGAGAUCAGACAUGCCAGAAUUUAAUGGUAACAGGUCACAGCUUGAGAAACACAUCCUGAAAUCUCUGGCACAGCAGGAGAACUUUGAGAAGUACAUGGAGUACAUCCACCGUCCCAAGAAACACUUUAAACAGUUUAUUACAGACAAUGUUGAUAAAUACAUCACUGAAAAUAACAGAGAGGUUCUGAAUCUUCUCAAAGGAAAUCUGAAACACAAAGAGCAGAAAGUGAUGAACGCUGUGAACAUCACAACUGAAAAAGUGAAGAAGAGCAGUGGUGAUGCAAACAUGUGGCUGAGAAAUUUGAAGAAUUCACUAACAGAUGAGCUGAGCUUAAAGGAAAUAACCUGCACUGGUCUGGAGAAAAUUACUGAUUUAGAUUUUCUUCGGCAGGUUGUAGGUGAAGGUCUCACAAAGAUGAUGUCAGAACAACAUGAAAGCUUCAACAGUGUAACAGACAUCAACAUGGAGAAGUUCAGGAAGAAACCAGAUGAGAUUCUGAUUGAACAUCUCUGUAAGUGCUGCUGGGUUCAGUGUCCAUUCUGUAAAGCCAUCUGCACCAACACAAUGGAGGAUCAUGAUGGAGAUCACAGUGUCCCCUUCCACAGAGUAAAUGGAAUAAAUGGAUGGCACUAUACAAAUACAACAAAUCUCUGUGCUGAUAUUUGUACAACUUUAGUACAAAGUGAUAAAGGUUUCUACACCAGUCAUGAUACAGAUGUGUCAGUACCCUACAAAAUCUACAGAAAAGCAGGAGGAGAAUAUGCUAAGUGGAGCAUCACCCCUGAUAAUUCAGAGCUCACAUACUGGAAGUGGUUUGUGUGCAGAUUCCAAACAGACCUGGAAAAGCUUUAUGGUAAAACAUUCCAGGGAAAGGGAAAGAUUCCUACUGCAUGGAGAAAAUACACAAAAAAAAAAGCUAUUGAGAGUUUGGAUAAACACAUCUGAAGAAUUACACACACACACACACACACACACACACACACACACACACACACACUAUACACAUACAAUGUAAGGUAUGUAAACACACAACAGAUAUAUAUAUAAUGAUUACUUAUUAAUAUGAUCAAAUGAGUAAUUAUUUACAUUCUCAAUGCUGUAAUGAGUCAUUUUAAGUUUUCAGGGUUGUGAGAUUAGUAGAAUGAGCAUAAAUUUGAUCUUUUCUUUUAAAUGACUGUAAUAAUGGUUGUGGUUUUAAAUGUAAGUGAAUGUUACAAUAUCUCAAAGCUCACCAGCAGUUUCAUUUCAGUACAUUUCUGCAGAAUCUCUACUGAAUAUUUCGAUGUAUACAUCAGGAUUAGGAUUUAUGGAUAAUUAGGAUUUAUACAUUUCUCCACAAUACAAUUCUGCUCUAGUCUCUGAUGAACUGAUGAACUGAUAAUUAACCAACAGUAAAACAUUAUUCAAAUAACAUGAUUGCCUUAUGUAUAUUAAUGUGUAUUCUAAAUCUGAUGCAACAAUUUAAAAAGAAUUUGUGCCUGAAGUGAUCUGAGAUGAACCAAAAAAGUGUACAUGUGUU